AUGACAGUCACAGAAAUCUGUGACAUCCACUAUGUUGUUUGCUUAAAUGGACACAUAGAACAGAUUGGCAACCUCAACCUCUUCUCUGGAGCUGUCCAUUGUGUAGGCUAUGAUAUUUGUCGACAUGAUCAUUACUUACUGCAUGAGUUGAAAGAGGGGAUGCCCUUCAACAUAGAUGAGGAUGUAGAAAUUGGGCCAACACCUGGUCAUACAGGAAAUGAUGUGUCGGUGGUGGUGAAGAAGGCUAAUCUUGGAGUAUUAGCAGGGUCCCAAAAGGCUAUAAAAAGUCAGAGGAUCUUGGACAAACAUGAGGAACACAUCAGCUCUCCACAGAUGACAACAUCCACUUCAGAAUGUAUUAUUAUUGAAACUGAUUAA